UUUGUUCCAAGCUCAUUAUGAUAUAUAAUACCGCUUAAGAAUAUUAUUAUGUUUAAUAAAUCAAUAAAUGGUCAAGUCGAUAUUUUACUCUAUUAUAUUAUUUUUAGCACUCGAAUAUCGUUAAGAUUAGUUUAAAAGUAUAUAAUAUAAAACAAAACAAACGGGUAAAAAUAUAAUGUAAGUAUACAUCAAACGUCAAGUUGAGUAGAUAUGUAUAUUUCAUUUUUAUUUUUUUAAACUUAAUAAAGUAUUCAUUUUCCGUCUUUAGUUAAGAACAUGGCACCAAAAGGCCUGAAUAGAUAUAGCCAUAUAUAGGUAUGUAUAUUAUAUGUAAUAGUAAUGAAAUGAAAGGAAACAUUAUUAAACGCCACGAAGUCUCAAUCAAAUUUGACACCUCUGACCAAACGUAGGUAUACUUUGCCGCGGUUAUGUAUUAAAUUAUUGGCAUUUGCUACAUUAUAUCGUUAUAUAUUAUAACCUGCAGGUAUAAAGGAAGUGAAUAAUAGGUACACCAAUUAUCGGUGUUGCAGUAGGUAUAUUAUACAAAUAUAUAGUAAUAGAUCUUUUGAAAGUCGUCCAUCAUAGUAAUAAAUGGUAGUAAACAAUAAUAAUAAUAAUAACAAAUUGUCUGCUUAUUGGCCGAUCGCGUUGUUUUGGAGGAUGUUCGGCGUGUUUCCGGCAAACGCGCAGGACGGCAACCGGAACAGUAACACGUCUCUGCCGAUAGGGUCCACCGUGCUGUUGUCGGUGUCGUGCGUAUACGUGAUGUUCGUCGGGCCGGCGGUCGUCUGCCGGAUCGGCGAUAAGUGCAGCAGCGAGUCGAUCAGGAUUCUGAAGGAAAUGUACCCGAACAUAGCGAACGUGACGUCGAUGCUGGCGAGGAUCGCGCUGUUGUACUCGGUGACCGUGGGAUACGACAAGUACAGGGAGACGCUGGGGUGCUACGAGACGUAUGCGCCGACGACGGUGGCCGAGGCCGGCCGGUACCGCGUGUUCACCGCCGCGGCCGUGUGCUCGUGCCUGCUCCUGGUCGUGCCGGUCAACGUGCUGCGGCUGUGGAUGCUGUGGACGCCGGGCGGCGACGGUACGGCGCUGGUGGAGGGGAUCGUCUUCUACGCGUUUCUCUACGUCCAGAACGUGACCAUGUGCUGUUCGGAGACGCAGUUCGUCGAACAGUGUUUCUUGCUGUACUGCAAGCUGAAGACCGUCAACAACGACGUCGUCGUGCUGGGCCGGUCCGUCGGAUUGGCGCGCACUUCGAAACACUCGCGGUACGCCGCGAAUGCCGCAGCCGCCAACGCUGCAGCGACACCCGACGCGUCCGACGUCGCUGUUGCCGAAGAGCAGCUGCAGGACGCGCCGGACGGCGUCGCGGCGACCGCCGACGCUGUCGAGACGCUGCGGAUCAGACACUGGCUGCUGCGCGAAGCCAUCGGCUGUCUGAACAACGUGUUCGGCGUGCAACUCGGCAUGUCGGUGUGCGCGGUGUGCGUGAUGUCGUUUUUCGACAUCUAUUACGAGACGUUUCACGUCAUGGGCAAAUACGCCAUGUCCGGCCUCGUCGUUUACUGCUGGAUGCUGCACUACGCUUUGCGGUACAUGGGAAUAAUCCUGAUGUCGCAUUACACCACGAAGCAGGCUAUUUAUACUAAGACACUUAUAGCAAACUUAAAAAGUAAUUGCUUGGAUUGUAGUAUAAAUCAAGAGCUACAUUUGUUUUUGGAUCAGCUUUCUCAUAGUUCUGUCGAAUUCACAGCAUGCGAUAUAUUUACAUUAAACAUACGUCUCAUUAUUUCAACUUUUGCUGCGGGUUUAACUUAUCUUGUCAUUUUGAUACAAUACCAGACAAACAUGAAAAGCUCUACGUAGUGUAUGUAUACAAAUUAAAACUAUAUCAAUUUGGUACUAUUGAUUAAUGAUUAUAGAUUCUGUGAAGUAAAUAAUAAUACAUUAUUUUCUAGUUAUAUAAAUUUAAUUUAAUUGUACAUUAUGUUAGUGACUAAUGAGUAGGUAUAGCGCCUAUAUAAUAUAUUAUUAUACUAUAAUUGUAAUUUAGAUACCAAUUAACUAUAUUAAAUAAGUGUACGCCGAAACAAUAAUAUAAUGUAUUUAUAAACAUCAACAAACUAUCUUUAAAAAAAAUAUAAAAUUUAUCAUAUUAUUUAUAAUAAGUAAUAGAUGUACUCAAAUAAUCUAGAUUAACCUGGAAUGGAAUUAUAAAUUGUUCUAAAAUUUAAAUUAUUAUAUUGUAGAAUAUUAUAGGUUUUAAAUUUUGUUUUUAAGAAAUUGUUAAUCAAAUGAAAUAUAUUUUACAAUUAUGUUAGUUUAUAGUCUAUAAGAGAUUGUUUAGUUAAAUGUGAAAAGCAUUGAUUAUUGCUAUUUAUAUUUUAAAGGGCCUUAAAUUGGGGAAUUUAACUUUUCUUAAAAACACCAGGCACAAUCAUACAUCUUUAUCAAGAUUAUUAUUUGUUUAAGUCUUUUAUACUUAAGUAAAUUACUAACUUAUGUACAAAACUAAUACUUUAAAGUCCUAAGUUUUAUAUAUAGUAACUAUAUAGCUAUAUUAUAUUAUGUACUAGGUAUGUAGUAUACCUAUUGUAUAAUA